UCUUAUUUGACGAAACCACGUCAUCCCAAUGUUAUGGAGUAAUUUCUCAGUAAAAGUAAAAUACACGGAACAAACAAGGAAGAAGAGGGAGAUACAUUUUAGGAGCGAAAACAAAUACAGGAGAAAAGAGAGGAUGCUCGGUUGGAUUGUUCCUGUUAGAACACGCGCCGCCGCUGCUGCAUUCGUCUUCGUUUUCAUUUUCGUUUUCCUUUCCGUCCUUGCUAACUCGGCCAACAAUGAUUCUCAGGUGAAAUGCAGCAAAACAUGUGUUGCAGAGAACUGUAACUCGGUCGGAAUCAGAUAUGGGAAGUACUGUGGAGUAGGGUGGACUGGCUGUCCUGGUGAGAAACCAUGUGACGAUCUGGAUGCCUGUUGCAAGAUUCACGACGAGUGCGUUGAAAAGAAAGGUUUAAUGAGUAUUAAAUGCCAUGAGAAGUUUAAGAGCUGCAUGAAGAAAGUAAAGAAAUCUGGAAAGAUUGGAUUUUCUCGGGAUUGUACGUAUGAAACAGCUGUCCCUACUAUGCUACAAGGUAUGGAUAUGGCAAUUUUGCUGAGCCAGUUAGGCAGCCCAAGGGAUGAACUAUGAUUAUUUUAUAGAGUGCAAUAUUUGUGCACUUCUAGUCAUUUUUUUCACUCAGCAAUGCUUUCAAGAAAUCAUGGACACUGGAGAAUUCUCCCUAUUUUUUAUCAGUUUACUAAAAAAAUUAUACCUUUUUUUUUUUCAAGACAUUCUCAAUUCUAAGAUCACAAUUGUAUUUUCCUUGCCUGAAAUCUAGAUAAUAUAUUUAGCUAUUUAGCUUCUCA